AUGGUUUCGAUCCCGCAACCCAAGCUUUUUGGUUUACCUGACUCCUACUUUGUCGUCUCCAUUGCCAUAAUCGUUUUGCUUGUUGGCUCGACUAGAAUAAACGUCACUGCAGAGGUUAAUAUCUCUUCAUACCCAAUCAUUUUAAGAAGUGAUGUUAGAAAUCUAGCAGGAACGAAACGGCCUCGCCACGACGACGACGCCCGCAGCGACACGCCGCCCUCGCCCAUCCGCGACGAGCCCCUCAGCCUGAAGGUGGCGCCCCCGGCCUCCCCCUCCGAGGCCACGCCCACGCCCCCGCCCGCACAGCCCCCGGCGCCGCCCGCCCUGGCCAGCCCACGCGGCGACCCCGCCAGCGAGGACGACGAGCCGCGGCCCAGCAAGGCGGCUCGCAGGGACGCCGACGACGAGGACGAGCGCGCCGGCGCCUCCCCGCCCGCGUCAGCGGCGGCCGACGCAGCCAAGCUGACCAGCAUGGAGACCCUCGUGCGGCUGUUCCCCGUCAGGAAGGUGCAGGUGCUGGAGACGGUCCUGCUGCGCUGCGGCGGGGACGUCUUGCGCGCCAUCCAGACGCUGCUCUACGCCCUCCCGCCCGCCACGUCCGCACCCUCGCCCACCCACGCCACCCCCGCCGCGCCCCACCACCUCGCCCACCACGAGAACAACAACAACCACGAGCAGCCCCACCACCAGCCGCCCUCGCUGCCGCACCACCACCACCACCACCACGCCCACCAGAGGUCCUCGCCCCCGCGCUCCCCCGAGCUGCGCCACCAUGACCUCCUGCAGGACUCCGCCGCCCUGCGAGCGUCGGCCUUCGCGCCCCUCACGCCGCCCUCGCUCGCCCGCUUCCCGUACCCGCCGCCCCACGCCCUCAUGGGCCUCCCGUACCCGCCCUUCCUCCCUCCCCGCCCGGAGUACUACCCUCCCCUCAACCUCUCCUCCCACACCGCCUCCCUACUGGCCGCCCACCACUCCUCGCCCCCGCCCAGGGACCUCUCCUCCUCGCCCACGUCGCAGCCCGACCCCGACACAGAGUAA